AUGAUGUCGCCAAAUUACACCGACCCUGCCAACUGUAACAGCCACGAGAGCGCCCUCAGCUGCAGCGGUCUCAACGCUGCCACCACCACAAACAGCACUGCUGAUGUGAGCAUAAUCCCUAGUGUGGGCACUGACUUAGGACCUUUGUUAAGAUUAAGUCCCGGAACACAUGGAGACAGCAUCAGCCAAGUGCAGCACUCCCCACAACCCCAGUCUGCCCACGCCAACCACCCGACCACAUCGCUGUCGCAGCUUUACCUCUACCAGCAACAGCAGCAGCAACAGCAGCAGCAGCAUCAACACUCUCAGAGCCUACAUUACACCUCACAAGUACAGCAGUGUUUGAACCCUCCCUCCACUCACCACUGGAGCUGA